GGUGUGAGAAAGGGAGCAGGGAGGAGCUGACCACGAUGCAAACUUCUCUCUCCUGGCUCUUUUUGUAAGCAGAAGGAAUUGAUACACUUUUGAAGUGAAAAAAGAAAAUGGAAAACAGAGGAAGUUCGGAUUGUUUGAGGGCACUGUUCAUUUUUGGGACAUUUAGGCGUGUAUUUUGAAUUAAACUUUUGAUGGCUGGAACUUAGACAUCAAGGUUUUAGCAGGUUUCUUUUUUUUUUGUUGGUGGGCAUUUAAGAAGCCCAUCAUGGAUAACUUGACCACAAGCAACAUGACAACGGGGAAUGAGACGUUUCCGACGCAGCACAAUCAAACCUUGGGCGUUUGGCGCGACUACACGCCAGAGUACAAGGCAGUUAGUGUGUUUUUGGUGUCCUUCAUAUGCGGGGUGGGGAUGGUGGGGAACAUAAUGGUCAUACUGGUGGUCCUGACCACGAAACACAUGCGAACUCCCACCAACUGUUACCUGGUGAGCCUGGCAGCUGCCGACCUGAUGGUGCUGACCGCAGCCGGGCUGCCGAACAUCACCGACGCCCUGCACGGGCAGUGGGUGUACGGAUACGCAGGAUGCCUGGGAAUCACUUAUCUUCAAUAUUUGGGAAUAAACGCGUCCUCUUGUUCCAUUACAGCCUUCACGGUGGAGCGAUACAUCGCCAUCUGUCACCCAAUCAAAGCACAGUUUCUGUGCACUUUAUCCCGGGCAAAGAAGAUUAUUAUGCUGGUGUGGGCGCUCACGUCCAUCUACUGCAUCAUGUGGCUCUUUUUGUCAGACACACAAACUUUGGUAUAUGAUAAUGUUGUACUCAUCAGCUGCGCCUACAAAGUGUCCAGGAGUCAGUAUCUACCCAUUUACUUCAUAGAUUUUGCCGUUUUUUACGUGCUGCCCCUCAUGCUGGCCACAGUUAUGUAUGGACUCAUCGCAAGGAUUCUUAUCCUAACCCCUUUGCCUGCGGACCCAAAAGAAAGCACCGGCAGGUGGAGGAGAGGAACGAGUAAAGUCGGAGGAAGGACGAUCAGGGCCAGCUCUUCCAGCAGCACCACUGCUGCUUCCCGCAGACAGGUUACCAAAAUGCUGGCUGUGGUAGUAAUCCUUUUCGCCUUACUUUGGAUGCCCUAUCGGACCUUAGUUGUCGUCAACUCCUUCCUGGACAAGGCUUACCUGGACAACUGGUUCCUGCUCUUCUGCCGCCUUUGCAUCUAUCUGAACAGUGCCAUCAACCCGGUCAUCUACAACGUCAUGUCUCAAAAGUUUCGCACUGCCUUUAAAAAGCUGUGUCACUGUGGGCCUCAGAGGAUGGAGAAACCUGCAACAUACAGCGUAGCACUUACCUACAGUGUCAUUAAGGAUUUAUCCAAUGGAGAAAGUCCUGACCACUUCACUACAGAAAUGGAAGAGCUACACACACCAAGCGAUCAGUUUUUACCCACUGGAAUUCCGCAAAUUGGCAAGGAAAUGAUGUUCGAGGAGCCAUCCCUUUCAGCAAAAGAUGAUUAAACAAAAACAAACAAAAAAAAGGACACAUUGACAGUGAACUAAACGAUCUAUUUAUUAAUCAGAGUUUUUUUUUCUUGCAAAUACGGUACGGUAGUUGUAAUAAUAAAAUUCACAAAUGAAGUUCAUUUGUAAAUAACAAUGACUAAAAUUAUACUUUACUUUCUCAGCAGAUACAACAAUAAAAACCAACAUAAUUGCUUGUAAUAUUUUACCUGUUUGACUGGCAUUCUAAGGAAACCACAACCAAAACAGCACUAUAGUCAACUCAUACUAUUUGAAGGGGAUUUUGAGCAUUGAAGUGAAUAGACAAAUCCCUGGUAGUUUAAUUGACUGCCUUUCAAUGCCACAAGAUGGAGGCCUAACAUUCUUUUCUUUAUAAUGUUUUGACCCAACUUUGAUCCCUGUUCCUCUCUUCAGUAUAGUUCUUUGGCUCCAAAUUGGUGUCAAAGCAAUAUUUUUAGACAGUUUGGGGAAGGCUCUAAAAGUCACUCACUUUGUUGUUGUUAAAACUAACUAAAAUUGCUACUCCUCUGUUAUUUGUGGAUGGCUCAGAAUGAAAUUAGGUUUAUUCUAGGGUUAUACCAUGGUACCUCUACUUAUGAACGUCUCUACAAACAUUAUUUUCAGGUUACGAUAUGUUUAAACGAGAAAUUAGUGCAUCUUGUAAAGAAAGAAAUUUCAGGCAACGAGAGCCAAAAAUACUAUAUAAUACUGUAAUAAACAAUAUACGUAUGUACUUCCUGCUUUUAAAUUUCGCGCCCUAAGAUCCUGCUGCCCUAUAGGGUUGUACCAUGGUACCUCUACUUAUGAACGUCUCUACAAACGUUAUUUUCAGGUUACGAUAUGUUUAAACGAGAAAUUAGUGCAUCUUGUUAAGAAAGAAAUUUCAGGUAACAAGAGCCAAAAAUACUAUAUAAUACUGUAAUAAACAAUAUACGUAUGUACUUCCUGCUUUUAAAUUUCGCGCCCUAAGAUCCUGCUGCCCUAUUGGCCAUAAUCCUUCCAUCCCACUCCCUUCAGUAUGCUGCUAUCCUAUUGGCCUAUAGUUAUGACGUUUAAAUUUGGAUGUCGCAGAAUGAUGAUGUGCAUAGGCGCCAUGGUGUUGUUGUUGCUACAGCGGUUUGACGUCUGAGCCAAAUGAGCACAGGGCUCUUCGUGUUUUUGUCCUACGAAGCGUUUAUUUAAGCUCACAGGCGGUUCAGUACAUUAGUACAGUGCUUCUCAAUUAUUUUCUGUUACGCCCCCCCCCAGGAAGACAUAAACGUUCUGCACCCCCCCAUUUCUCUGCCGCCACUGUAAAUAUACUGUAGUAUCAUUUGUCUAUAAAAUUCUUAUUAUUAUAAGUACACCUCUGCAUAACAUUGUGUCCUUUUUAAUAUUAAAGAAAACAAAAUGUAAAGAAAAAAAAAAAAAAUCUAUACUGUAAAAAUAGACUCGAGUUACAUUUUUUGACUGUUUGACUAAAAAAAAUAAAAUAAAAGCAAUAAAUAAUAAUACAUUCAAAUUGAUUAGCAACAUUAACUCGAGAGGAAAAUAUGUCAAACUAUUAGACUGAAAAAACAAAAAUUAAUAGAACAAAAACGAUAGUGUCAUUGAACAGAGAGACAGUUUUUAUUUUUGCUGCAGGCAGUAUCAGCUCCUUUGCUGUGUUGUUGUGUUAUUUUUCAUUGAGCAACUUAGUAAGCCUCCUUCUGUGAUGCUGACAGUGUUAGCUGGUUUACCGAUAUAAUACUGACAAAGCGGGACGAUUGUUGGCAAUAUUUGUCACGUUUUCGCUGAAAAAAACAAAAAAAACAAAAAACAAUUCCUGCUGUCCGCUGCAAACAGUUUUACACAAAGUAAACGGACUGGUCUUUCCUCAUCUUCCACUGUACUAAAACUCAAAACCAAAAGCAAAAUUCUACAUUAGCUUUGUCAUUUUUCUUCGUCUUAGCUUUUCAUAUCUCCAGUGCUCUUUGCUGUGUGCUCUUAUUUGGUUCAAAAAUACUGUGCACAUGCUAAAAAUGUAAGCGCCACUGCCACCCACUCAGUGGAUGUGCAAUUGCACUUUACUCUAGGACGGCAAAAAACAGUAUGUUCCCCAAGGUCAUUUGCGCCACCCCAAGCAUUGCUCUGCCACCCCACUAUUUGAGAAGUACUGCAUUAGUAGCACAUUAGAGCAUACAUCUCCUCACGUUUUUGUGUCACGAAGACUGAGCUAGGCGAUAGGCACCAUCAAUCUCGUGCAAGAGGAAAUUGCCUCACUCGAAAGUUAAGAUAUUGUUUUUCUUUUUUUCUUUGCAUUUUGUUCUGUUAUCUACUUUAUUACAGGUAUUAAUGGUUAAGUUAGGUUGGGCACAUGGAAUGAUUGAAAUGUGUAUGGCUGUUUUAUUCCAGUUUUACCCCAAGGGUGUAGGUUUUCAUAGGGACACAAGAGACAUAAAACCUUUCAGGAUGCUCAAAUUCACCCUACCAACUUUCAAUCAACCUUUUUUGCAUUAUAUAAUGUGUUCAGUUAUAUUGGUAAUUUAUAUUGUCUUCCCAUAUUUUGUCAGGAUAGAAUUGACCCAUUAUUAAGUGAAUUAUUUACAAUUACCCCUUUUAAUAUGCUGAAUGUGCUGGUCCAUUUUUUCCCCUCCUUUAAACGGUCAUUUGAUUGGCUGAUGACUGCACCACCUCCCAACCACACCCCAGCUACUGAAAGUCCGAACUGCAUCAGAGUUGGCAUAACAAUAAACUGUUUGAACUUGCUAACCUGCAUAACUUUAGUAGGAAGCCCGCUUAAAAAAAUUGACCCCCGUAUGUGUUUUUGACUGUUAACAUUAAGAAACUUUGAGAAAUAUAGUGAACUCUGCUGGACACUAUAGGACCAGAAGAAGCU